UCUCAGUUAAUUCCCUGCAAGCUGGAGGCAUGCAUCCUGCUCCAGCUCAGGCUGGGGCUGGAUGAGCGCCUGGGGAGCCUGUCUCUCAGCUCUGUCAUUUAUUAUUGCUGCCGCUGCCAUUAUGCCUGACAAAUGGGAGUUGCUGAGUAAUGUGCUGUUUGUGUGUAAAUAUCUGAGUGCUCGCAGCUGAGCUCACUCCUGCCACUUUGCAGGAAGCCAUCUCAGCACCUUUCCCCUGUGAAGACCCGGGAGUGCACAAGCAUCCUUCUGCAGAGACCUUCCCACCGCUGCCGGCAGCUCUAGCCUUCGCUCCCCGCUGCUUCCCUGCGAGCGUGAAGCCUCCAUCCUCUCCGGCUAUCGUGGCGGCCCUGCUGCUUUCCUGAGUAAAAUCCCAGAUCUGAGCAGCGAGGGUUGGACAAGCAGCCAGAAGAAUUGCCCAGACGUUUAUGAGAAAUUGGGGACGACCCAAGGACUCUGGAGUGGUGGAGAGAUGGCUAGCCCCGUCCGGUCAGCCUGCUGCGUGGUGCUCGCCGCAGUGGUGGUGGUGUACGCCCAGAGGCACAGCCAGGACAGCCACCCCCAGUACGAGCGAGUAGGUGCAGACGUGACCAUGAAGUGUGGCUCCAUGGACUGGGAUGCAGCCGUCACCUGGACAGUCAACGGCACCGACAUCGACGAGUCCCACCUGAACGGGUCCUACCUGAUCCUGAAGAAUGUCAACCUGUCACAGAGCGGCCAGUACUCCUGCUACGAGGGCUCCUCCUGGCACCUCAAAUACCAGACCUACCUGAGGGUGGGAACCCCCCCGAAGGAGCCAGUGCUGAUGUGCCGGUCCAACAACUACCCGAAGGGUUUCUACUGCAGCUGGCACCUGCCCACUCCUACCUACAUCCCCAACACCUUCAACAUCUCUGUCAUACACGGCACCAAAGACAUGGUCUGUGAGAAGGAUGCUAUGCCCAAAAACAGGUGUCACAUCAGAUACCUCCAGCUCUUCUCCACAGUGAAGUACAAGGUGACUCUGACAGUCACGAAUGCUCUGGGCAAAAACUUCACCACUCUCACCUUUGACGAGUUCGCCAUAGUAAAGCCAGACCCUCCGGAGAGUGUGGUGGCCAAACCUGUGCCAAAUAACCCUCGGAGACUGGAGGUGUCGUGGCAAAACCCCUCCUCGUGGCCUGACCCUGAGUCUUUCCCACUCAAGUUCUUCCUGCGGUAUCGGCCUCUCAUCCUGGACACGUGGCAGCAUGUCGAGCUGUCAGAUGGGACAUCACACACCAUCACGGACGCUUACGCUGGCAAGGAAUACAUCAUCCAGGUGGCAGCCAAAGACAACGACAUCGGCACGUGGAGUGACUGGAGUGUGGCUGUUCAUGCCACUCCCUGGACAGAGGAGCCCAAGCAUCUCACCACGGAGGCCCAGAUCACAGAGACAACGAGUGCUAGCACCUCCUCUUUCAUGGCACCACCCACCACCAAGAUCUGUGACAAGGGGGCCGUGGUGGGCAGUGGGGCCGUGGCAGUGUGUUGGACAGCUGGACUGGUCAUGGCUGCCUAUAGUGUCCUCUUUAUUUAAUCUCCAUCCUCCAUCCGCCGCAGCCCAGCGCAGCCGCCGCCCCAC